UGCAUGUGGAGACAGGUUUUCUUUUCGGGAGAAAUAACACAUCCAAGUCGAAGGGCAAAUCUGCAGAUGCUGGAUAUGAUUCAUAUCCAGCACUAUAGACAUAGCCUUAUUGAUGCUCUCUGUUUUGAUUUUUUGCAUUUGUUCUUUCUUUCUGGUGGAAGGAAUCUAUAAAGAAGGGAGAGUCAAUAAUUUACUGUGAAAGUGACUGUUGUGAAGGAAAAUAAAGUCUCAUGAAUUAUAAAACUGAAAAAUGUUCUUUUGUUUUGGAUUCCAAAGAAGCCUCGAUCAAAGAGACUAACCAAAAAAGCUAAGAUGAAAUCAAAAGUUGAUUCCCCAUUACCCUGUCUUCUUCAACCCAUUCUCAUCUUUAGUAAUAGAACACAUCCACUCUGAAACUUCCCCAUAGAGAGGAUAAAGGAAAGAAGAUGCAGAAAAUCCAGAAUUUUCAUCUUCUACAGUCUCUUCUGCCUCUGAAUUUCUUCUUGUUCUUUGGUUGUUCCAUUUCCCAGAAAACUGACCCAACUUCUUGUGGGAAAUUCCAAAUUCAACCCCCUUUCCUGAGUUCCCCAUUGAACCAUAUGAUCCUCUGCAGAUCUCAGAAACUGUAUUUCAGAACUUCAAUUGGCCUCUUCCCCAUCUCCUCCAUUGAUUACUCUACCAGAACUCUGAUAAUCUCUCAGUUUCCUUCUUCUUAUUCUUCUUCCUCCACCCAUUUUGUUUCCCCUUCACUUCUAUCCUCAGGGCUUCCUUCUCCACCAGACCUCACCAACUCACUCCUCCUCUUCCACUGCUCAAACCCAACAAAACCCAUCUCUGAAUCUGCCAAAACCUGCACCCACUUACCCAAUUUUGGAGCUUCACCCAAAACAUCUUGUUUGAUCCUUGACGAUCUAAGAAACCUGAACCACAGUUUCCAUCCAAAUGACAUGAAUUGCUCCCAUUACACAAGGGUUUACAGAAACUCCUCAGAUUUUGAGCUCAGAAAUGGGUAUAAAUUGGGAACUACGAUCUCUUUUGACAUUCCUGAUCAUGUUCCUAAUCUGUGUAACGAGUGUGGGAAGCCUGGUGGGCACUGUGGGGUGGGUUUGAGAUGCAUAUGCCAUGUUCUUGAGUGCAAAGAUAAGGUGUUUUCUGAGGGUGGGAUUGUCAGCCCUGGUGGAAAAUUUCUUCUUUAUUUGUUGGCUGUUUUAGUGAUGAUCAUGUAGUCAUUGUAAUCAGUGCAAAAGAAACUCUUGUAACUUAAUUCAGUGAUACAUAUGUAUAUUUGAUAUUUCUCUUUGCAGCUUGUAGUGAUGAAUACUUUGUUGAUACUUGAGAUUUGUAUUUGCUAAA